CAGGCAGCUGCCGGCCUGCCGAGCGGAGUGCGGGCGGAGCUCCGGCCCCGCGGUGCCAGGCGUAGCCGGGCGGCGGCAAGCAUGGCCACCGCGGCGGUGGCCGUGGUGGUCCGUGGGGCCUGGGCCAGGGCAGUGGCGGCGGCGGCGGCCCUGCGGGGCGGAUGCGGGACUGCGGUCCGGGGACGGCUGCGCGCCGGCUCCGCACGGCCCUUGUGCACAGCACCUGGAACCGCUCCGGACAUGAAGCGCUACCUGUGGGAGCGUUACCGGGAGGCGAAGAGGAGCACGGACGAAUUGGUUCCUUCAAUUAUGAACAACUUGCUGAAUCCGGAUGCCAUUUUCUCAAACAAUGAGAUGAGCCUCUCGGACAUCGAGAUCUAUGGCUUUGACUAUGACUACACCUUGGUGUUUUAUUCAAAGCACCUCCACACGCUGAUAUUCAACGCUGCUCGUGACCUUCUGAUCAAUGAACACCGGUACCCUGCGGAAAUCAGGAAGUAUGAAUACGACCCAAAUUUUGCAAUUCGUGGACUUCAUUAUGAUGUGCAGCGGGCUGUAUUGAUGAAGAUUGAUGCUUUUCAUUACAUCCAGCUGGGAACUGUCUACAGAGGCCUCAGUGUUGUCCCGGACGAAGAAGUCAUUGAAAUGUACGAGGGGUCCCACGUGCCUUUGGAGCAGAUGAGCGACUUCUAUGGAAAGAGUUCCCAUGGGAACACCAUGAAGCAGUUCAUGGACAUCUUCUCGCUGCCGGAGAUGACCCUGCUGUCCUGCGUGAACGAAUACUUCCUGAAGAACAACAUCGACUAUGAGCCUGUCCACCUGUACAAAGACGUCAAGGAUGCAAUUCGCGACGUGCACAUCAAAGGAAUCAUGUACCGAGCCAUCGAAGCAGAUAUUGAAAAGUACAUCUGCUAUGCCGAGCAGACCCGCGCAGUGCUGGCCAAACUGGCUGAUCAUGGCAAGAAGAUGUUUCUCAUCACCAAUAGCCCCAGUAGCUUUGUGGACAAAGGGAUGCGGUACAUCGUCGGAAAGGACUGGAGGGACCUGUUUGAUGUGGUCAUUGUGCAGGCGGAGAAGCCAAACUUCUUUAAUGAUAAGCGGAGACCUUUCCGAAAGGUGACUGAGAAAGGUGUCUUACUCUGGGAUAGAAUCCACAAGUUGCAGAAAGGCCAGAUUUACAAGCAGGGCAAUUUGUAUGAGUUUUUGAAGCUCACCGGAUGGAGAGGAUCCAGAGUGCUGUAUUUCGGUGACCACAUAUACAGUGACCUGGCGGAUCUGACCCUGAAGCAUGGCUGGCGAACGGGUGCCAUCAUCCCCGAGUUACGAUCGGAGCUCAGAAUCAUGAACACGGAGCAGUACAUCCAGACCAUGACCUGGCUGCAGACCCUGACCGGGCUACUGGAGCAAAUGCAGGUUCACAGAGAUGCGGAGUCCCAGCUGGUGUUGCGGGAGUGGAAAAAGGAGAGGAAGGAGAUGAGAGAGAUGACCAAAAGUUUCUUCAAUGCCCAGUUCGGAAGCUUGUUCCGCACAGACCAGAACCCAACCUACUUCCUGAGGCGGCUGUCGCGAUUUGCCGACAUCUACAUGGCGUCUCUGAGCUGCCUGUUGAACUACGACGUCAGCCACACGUUCUACCCCAGGAGGACUCCGCUGCAGCACGAGCUCCCCGCGUGGUCCGAUGGGCCCCACACCUGCCGGCUGCCCCUCCUGCAGGAGGCCCAGGCCAAGUAACCCGGUGCUCCCCUGUGGACCCGGCCAGAAACAGCCCCGGCCCCAGACUGGGCAGACGCCCUGGGGGUGACUUUGUGUGGAUGUGAGUGUUGCUUUCGGAAAAGACACAGCUAAGCCUUUUGAUGUUUAUUUCGUCCCUUCUGGAGAACACUGCCCAGGUCGUUGAGACAGAAGCCAGCAGCGCACCAGUCCCACUUUCUGGCACGCGUCGGGCUGAAUAGCGAGCUGCAUGUGGGAGCUCUGUGAUCUGUCUUCUUGUUGACCGAGGUACUGUGACUGGUGUCAGUUAUUCAGGGACAGCUGAGACUUCUUGAUGCCAUGUCCAUAGUCCAGUAGGCGAAGUUUUGAACACUGUUCCUGACUCCACCCUGGAAAACGUACUGAACAUACACAGGCAGUGCAUUGGGAAGGGAGGGGCACAGAGGCAGGCAGCCAUAACCUGCCUGCAGAAAGCUGAUGAUUUCCUGGCUCUACAGUAGCAAAAUGCGACAGUGCGUAGCGGAGAUGAUCCCCAAAGAGCAGCCCAUCCCCCAGCCUUUUGGUCCCAGGGCUUUGGUGUUCCGGUGUGCCACUUGAGAAGAGAACAAGGGAGAGGCAAAUCCUUAGCUCUGGAUUGUCCUCAGUAUCUGUUCCCUGUGUCCUGCCCCACGCUGGGAAAGGACAGAUGGUGCCACAAGUCAUGGGCGGGUUCGCUCUUUUCCCCAGAGAAGGAGAGAAGGGCUUCUGGUUACAUUUCCAGCGAGCAGAACAGAUUUGGUAGGAUAAGGCUGUGAGCAACAAGCAGGUCAGAGCCGAUGUUUGGUGGUGGGUCACCUGAAAAUGCCACCUGAGUGUUGGUUUGAUGUGCUCAUUGGAGGACAGAAAAGGAAACAGGAAAAAAAAACCCCAGCUAAUGAAAAUGCCAUGCCAUGACCCUCACUGGGUUGUGUUGGUAUCUUGCUAAAACGAAGGCAUUACCGGAAACCACCCUUUCCUGGAGGGCAGCAAACAGGCUGCCUCGCUUAGACGUGGGCUUGCAUUCAGCCCUCAGCGCUUAGCUGUCUCCCACCCCGCCGUCCCCUUAGCUUUCUUUCCUGCCACGUUCGUGCCACUCUUUUGGGAGACUGGGGAGUUUUCUUUAGGUGUCUGUGUUUAAGUUGGGGGAGAACAAAGGGCGCUGAAACUUAGAGGGAAAGGGUUAGAAAUGACUUAGCUAAGUGGGUAUUUCUCGUGGCUUUCUAAGGACAGUGCAAGUGACCUACAUUCUCAAACCUGAUGCAUGGCAGGUGCAGGAAUGGACCUUGUGGAGAGGGCUUGCUAAUUCAGCAUUUUUAUUGCAGUAAUAAAUGUAUCUAUUGGAACCAGCUAUUGACAGAAUGCUAGCUUGGCAUUCCCUAGGCUGCCUGCAGAAUGCAGACAUUAAGUGAGUCCUAUAGCAUGCUUAGUAAUGCCACUUGGUAUAAUGGGGUUUUACUUGUAAUGUUUCUUGUAUUUCACUGUGAUAGUGAAGGUGACCCUUUAGGCCCAGGAGGCCCAAUCAAUUAGGCCCCUUUUUUUCCUGCUAAAUUUUGUUAUAAACACAGUGGUCCCUUCCUUUUCUGGAAUGGGGCAGGCCUUUUGUUUACUGUUUGUUAGCUCCUAGGUGUGUUAAGAAUCAGAGAUUAUUGGAGACUGUCAUUUAAGGGGUGCAGGUGGGUGCCCAGAACUGCUCAGUGAUGGGGUCCUCAAAGGACACGCUGGUGCCUUUGGCUUCUGCUUUGCAGGAGGUGAGGAAGUAGUUAUUUUUAAAAAAAUGUCUCAGUUUUUAUCUGAUCAGAUAUUCACUGGAUGUGUCCCAGGUGCCACUUACAGGGUGUUUUGUGUAUUUUGUUUACUCGAGAAUGAAGCAGACUGUUUUUAAAACCCACUUUCAUGGAGGCUUAGGUUACGUGAGCCAAGCCUCAGGGGAAGAAAUACAUUUUCUGGGUAUGAAUAAUGAAAUUCGCGAUUUAUUACCAACUAAGGCUUUGGUCUCUGGGCCAUUGAACAGGGCAGUACUGAAGCUGCCGCAUGAGGUCUCGGCGGGACCCCCGGACCGGGUGCCUGGCAGACCCUUGCCCGGGCCUGCAGCUCGGGUCGGGCCGCCGUCUCCACGUGCAGGACAGAGGCGCUGCUGUCCUCGUCCAGCUCAGUCAUUGUCUUGACUCCGCUGGGAUUCGGCACGCUGCCCUGGGCAUCGUGUUCUUUCCAGCUUGUCCUCUUGUGCACACACGGGUGAGAGAGCCUGUUGGUACAAGGGAAGUGAGUCUGUUUUCCACCCUUCAAAAUAACAAUUUGGAAAGCGAACAGGAUAAAAUUCGUGUGCACAUUUAAAAAUAUUUUCCAUUUUUAGCAUUGGCUAGAUGAAUUUGCUAAGAAUCACGUGAACAAAAAUUCAUAGUCCCAGGGCAGUCCGUGCCAGCUGAAAGCAAGGUGGGUGGUACCUGUAGCAGGUCGUCCUGGAAGGGGCCUGCACGGUUGAUUUUCCAGAGUUGCUUCUAUAGAUGAAACCUGGCUGUUUAAAUAUUUUAGGAGCUCGGCUUAGAGCUCCCACUUUCCUCCUAACAUAACAUCUCUCUCUCACCCUCUUCUCUUUUGCUGCUGUCGCCAUUAAUGCCAUGGAACAUAAACCACCUGUAACUCAUUCGGGCACAUCUCAGACUAAAUUACUAGUUGCUUUGAAUGCAUCGGCCCUCUUCAUUAUUGCCAAGGAGAAAUGGAAAGCAAUCUUUCCGCCUAGCUAAUUUAGCUUUGGAUGAACUAAAUGGCUUUUUUCCUGUCUUUCCCUCCCCAAAGGCCUUUGAAUCAGCAGAGAGCUGUGCUCAAUAUUAGAAUUGAAUUCCACUAUGUUGGAUGCUCAUUUGCUGCCACAGACCCACUUGGGGGCCCUCUUCUAGAAUUCUCUAAGACUAAAUUUGGCCAGAGGCAGGGUUCCUUGAUUGCUCUAUUCAACUAUGAGAGGGCCUAUGUUCUGCCCUCUUAUUAUCAAUUUCCUUUUGCAUCAAUUAUCUAUUUUUUUCUCUCUUUUAUUUGCCUUAGCAUUUGGGAGCUUGGCUCCAAGGUCAGUUAACCUCUAAUAUCCUCGUGGGUUAGGGAAAGGAAAGGAAGUGAAGUUUCUUUAAUGCAGGGGUGGGGGUGGGGGUGUCAGUGAACGUUCCCUGUGCAGAGCCAGAUGGCACAUAUUAUCCGCUUGCGGGCCAUAUCCUAGUGCCACUAUUGCCGUCCUAUUGCAGGAAUGGACACGGCUCUGUGUCAUUACAGCUGGAUUGAUGGAAACAGGUUGUGGGCUGCAUUUGGCCCUUGGGUCAUAGUGUGCAACCCCUACUCUAACGCAAAAAAGCGUGCCAGUGAACAACCUAAUAGUGGGGGCAGACAGUAGGGAGUUGUUCUAUAGGUGAGUGUGCCAGAUUCUCCGAGGAGCCACUCUCUGGGCAUAUGUACCUGUGUGGCCAGUAUGUGUUUCCAGCACAUGGCGCGGUCGUGGGCAGUUGAGCUGCCUGCCUCGGGCUCUAGUUGAAUAUACCUCUUAUUUUAAUUGUUUGCAACUGUGCUCAUCAUGGGUGAUGGGCGUGGCUGUGCAGGUAACCCUUCAACACCGAAGGACUUAUUCCCCCGGCGGCUGGGCGCUCUGGCCGCUGGGCUGGGGGCCCUCCCUGGGAGUGUCUCCUGAAAAGCCCUGCCCUGGCCGAUGUCACGCAGCCUCCUCUGAGCAGCUCCCUUCCCUGGACCUCCCGUCCCUGCCCAGGCGUGGAUCCCAAGAACACACCUCGUAAACUUCUUGCACGUGAAUCUGCAUCUCAGCGGCGUCCGCUUUCUGGGGAACCCGCCCCGCCACAGCGCUUCUGUGCUUUCCUGGUGCUGCGGGCGUGAACGCUGAACUAGGAAAUUGUUUUCUAAUGACUUAGUAGAAUGACAGCUGGUGCCUGUGUGAUAGCAGGCACAGUAAAUGCAAACUAGGUGGACCUAUUUAUUCUGAAUGUGAAUUUGCUAUUUAUUCUAAAUGUUGAUUUUGUUAGAUCGUAUUGAACUUAAUGCCAAAUAAAAGAGAACUGUAUCAUCCAGUCUAUUGGAAGUCACUGGUUUUUGUGUGCCUCGGUUA